UUUUAUAAUAAAAUGUGAAAUAACUACGACAAGUCUGAAGUAUGCCUAACAUUUUUGGCUUUGAAUUCGACAGCACAGUAUUAUUUUGAAAAAGAAACUGCUUCGUAAUUCACAAUUUAGAAAGUAUCCGCAUACAAUUAUCCUGAAGUUUGUCAUUCAAGGCAUGCGCCCGGAGAAGCUUGUUAGGAAGGCCAGGAAUCCUUGGAACAUGAUUUGGAAACAACUGAUAUAUAUACAGGAACAAGUUAAUGAACCCAUCAAAUAUUCUACAGGUGCUCCGUAUAAGAAUUUUGUUCGAAUCGUUGGUGGAAUUUUGGCAGACAUCAGCGAGAUCCCGUAUCAGCUGUCAUUGCAAGUCGGAGGUGUACACCUGUGCGGAGCGUCGAUCGUCAGCCAACAGUGGGCGGUCACAGCAGCGCAUUGCGUUGUCAGCGAACUGGACACGAAGGUACUCCUGGAGUCUGCGGACUUGACCCUGAGGGCUGGUUCGAACAGACAUGACGAGGGUGGAACUGUACAUGGGGUGGCACAGGUCAUACCACAUCAGCUGUACGAUCCAGACGUAUACGACUACGACAUCGCGCUUCUCAAGGUGAAGCCCCCGUUUAGAUUUAGCCCGAACAUCAGAUCCAUAAAGCUUCCGCCUCGGAAAUACAGUGCAGCUACCGGGACCAAGGCCAGAGUUUCCGGCUGGGGUCACAGUCAAGUAGUGCGGGCUUCAGCGGCUGUCAUGGCGCAGAAUAAACUGCUAACCAACUGGAAUAUCAGGAAACAGGAGGGUAACUUGUUGAGAAGGACAAAUGUCACCAUCCUGAGUAGAGGGUUGUGCCAUGAAAUCUACCCGGAGCUGACUGCGCGGAUGCUGUGUGCAGGACGCUAUCCGAAGGGGGGCAGGGACGCCUGCCAAGGCGACUCCGGAGGGCCUUUAGUGAGCCGUCGUGUUCUGAUUGGCGUAGUGUCCUGGGGGAUUGGCUGCGGGCUUGGACGAUUUCCUGGUGUGUACACACGUGUUUCUGUUCUGCGAGACUGGAUCGCGAACACAACAGGACUGUGCUAGCUCCGUGGAAAAUGUAAUUCCUUGAAGCCUUCACAGCACCUUGGCACUUAACUACAAUGUUUAGUAAGAAACUCACAAAUGUAACAUAUUUAUCCGGACUGUCACAUUAUAUUAUAACAGAGAUGUUCUCAAACGCCAACUUCAGCUGUAGAAUUGACACACUGUUUAAUGUACAGUGCGAUUUGCAAAAUUAAGGUAUUUCCUACAAGACGGAUUGUCGCGGGUUCGAUUCUCGAUUGGAUAAUUGGAUUUUUCAGUUGACCUGAUCCUUCCGUCUGCCCCAUGGCCCUGCGAUUGACUCAGCCUCUACCAGAAAUGAGGACCAGGAAUCUUCCUGGGGAGUAAAUGGUAGCCGGCACGUA